AUGGAUAACAAGGAAAAUUUAGAAGGGAUGAUGGGGGAGUGGUUGGAGUAUGAAACUAAUUUGUCAAGUUCUGAUGGAGAAGAACAAGCGAAGGAAAGGAAAAAAGAGAACGUACGAAAGAAGAGGAAUGAUCGACAAAAUCAAGAUAAGGAAAAAGAAAAAGAGACUGAGAAAGAGGAUAAUGAAAUAGAAAAGGAGAAAGAGGUUGAACGACCAGAAAAGAAGCAAAGGGUUGGAAAGAAAGCAUCGAGCGUGUGGGAUCAUUACACUAUGUUGCCUGAUUGUGAUCCUAAGAAGCCAAGAGUUGCUUGCAAUUAUUGUGGCACCGAUUAUGCGGCUAAUACAAAGUUGAAUGAGACUAGCACACUAUGGGCACAUGUGGAGAGAAAAUGUAAGAAGUGUCCUUUCAGUGACUGGGUUGAGCAAAGUAAGAAGCAACAAUCAACUAUGGAUCGAUUUACUAAAAAGACAACAACCUGUAAUGAAGAAGAAGUCGCUUCAAGUGGGUUGCCGCUAAGGUUUAAUCAAAAUGCUGUUAGGAAAGUGAUCGCCGAAUAUAUCAUUAUGGAUGAGUUAUCCUUUAGGUACGUGGAAGAAAAAGGAUUUCAAAAUCUCAUUAAACAUUUCUUUCCCACAUUUCAGUUCCCAUCAAGAUUUACUGUUGCGAGAGAUAUUCACAAUGUGUUUCUAGAUCAGAAGAAAGAGUUGAAGUCGAUUUUGGUGAAGCACAGAGUGUCGUUGACCACCGAUUUUUUUGCAGUGACGGUUGACAAUGCCUCCUCGAAUGACGUUUCUCUUAGAAAAUUGAAGGGGAAAUUGUUGGACAAAGACAAUACCAUUCCAUUGAAUGGUGAAAUGUUUCAUAUGAGGUGUUCAACUCAUAUUUUGAAUUUGAUAGUAACUGAUGGGUUGAAAGAGUUGAAUGAUGCAAUUUCAAGCAUUCAAAAUGCGGUGAGAUAUGUGCGGUCAUCUCCAGCUAGACUGAAAAUAUUUAAAGAAAGUUGUAAGGAUGCAAACAUUGAAUCAAAAGCCUUGUUAUGCUUGGAUGUGGUUACUAGGUGGAACUCCACCUACUUGAUGUUAGAAUCUGCUAUAAAAUUCAAGAAGGCUUUUGAGAAUUUGGAAGCAGAAGCGAACUACACAAAGUACUUUGAUGAAGAAAGAAUGGAUGCCCCACCAACCAACCAAGACUGGGAAAAAGCAGUUGUUCAAGCUGAUUUAACUACUAUGGCUUCUAAUCCUGAUACUUUGUUAGGGGCUAUGGCAGUUAGUAUGAAACGAAAGUAUGACAAGUACUGGGGAAGGAUUGAGAAGCUGAAUAUGUUGACAUUUAUUGCCAAUAUCCUUGAUCCAAGGUAUAAAUUAGAGGUUGUGAAUCGUGGUUUCAAAUUUGUGUACACUUCAAGUGAGGCUGAAAAAAUGAUAAAGUUGGUGACCAAUACUUUGGCAUAG